AUGCAGGAAAAUAAUUUACAGCUUGAUAAGAUUGCUAAAAGGAGGGCUCAAGCUGCUAGAGACUUGAGGUUGCUGGGCUGUUCCAGAUCAACUUAUUUCCGAAGGUUGCGCAAGUUGAGUGAUGAAUUCGUACAAAAUUAUCAGUUAAGCAGCAGUGACGAAGAUGACAAGAAUUCUGUUGUCAUCACAGGAGUAGGUAGAACGGUAGCUACAGAACAGUGUAACAGUAUCGUCUCAGGAACAGCCACUGCUUCAUGUAUCUGUGUUCGGUGUGCUGGCACUACAGCCAAUGGUGGUGUGAUUUCGGCAAUGUCUCCACCCAGUCAUCUUUCAAUGAAACAUCAAUCCGGAAAGUACAUUUUGAUUAAUGAUAAGGACAAAAAGCAAGUGAUUUGCAUUCCUAAUAAAUGGCUCUUGAACAACGAGCACUACGUUUAUCGGGAUGAUGUUAGGGAGAAUGACAUCAUUGAUGGUGUAGAUUUUGAUAGUCAAUACACGUUGA